AUGACAAACAUCGAAGCCCCUGAUAAACAAUGCACAAAUCCUUCCACAAAUGAUUAUGGAUAUGAAAAUAAUUACAAAAGUGAACAGUUUAGUCCCAACGACAUCAACAAAAACCCAGAAAAUUUGUCUAUGAGCAAUCAUGUUAGGAAUAAGUCUGAUAAAAAAUUAGAAGUUUGUAACAAAAGUGACAGUUUCAUGUUUGAAAAUUAUUCUUGUUCGCAAAAAGACUCGGUGGCUAAGUUUUUAGAAUUGAAACCAAAUUUGGAAGAACCGUAUUGUGGUUUUGGUGACAUUCGAAAAGUUGUGGAAGGAGAAUCGACUUGUGAGUUGGAAAAUCGUAAAACAGUUCAGAAUAAUGAAGUGUUAUUCGGUUUGAACCUCAAAAAUAACCUUCAUAAACCUUAUACUAGCUACAUUGACCAAUCCAAAACGAAUGAUGUAAUUUUUGAUAACAUAAAACUAUUACAAAAUACCAAAAAUUCGUAUGGACUUAAUUUGAAUUUGAAAUCUGAUACAAUCAACGAACCAAUAUUCGAUGCUGAUGACAGAAAUUUGCAACAAACUUUAAAUCCAAACCGGUCUACCAAUUUAUCAGAAUCCGAUCUUCCAAGACCGAAUUCGGUUCUACAAGAACCGAGUUACGACUUCAACCUGAACCGAAAAUCGUCGUCGGUUCUAACCGAACCGAAAACCGAUAUAAACAUUUGUGAUCAAUUAAAUUUAACUAUAGAACAACAACAAGAAUUGACGUCCAUCAAGCUGCAGAACAUAGAUUCUCAACAACAAUCAGAGGAAGAAGACGAGGAGAAUAAUUUAAAGGAACAAGACGGAAAUUUUGCAAAACAAUUCAAUAUUUUUCCCGCAAUAUUUUCUAGACAACUAAAUUUCUCUCAGCAGCAAAACAAUUACAACUUAAACACGUCGGCUGCGGGGAUUCCAACGCCUCCUCAAAGCCAACAUAACUUAAACUUCAACUUGAACCAGUAUUCCACAAAUUUUAAUUAUCACAACAUGAAUAACUACUAUCAGGAGAAAAUGGAUGAGCUGAACACGACGAGGAAUCUCAGUUUAUUAGGAUCAAUGUCAGGUUUAUUGGACGAGCACCUGCACACGAAUUUUCAUGGAAAUUUGCAAAAUUUGCACACGAAUUUUCAUGGAAACUUACAAAACUUACACUCGAAUUUACACCAUCAUCACCACCACCAUCAUCAGACGGAAAUGAAGUUCAUGCCAGUAUUGCAGGACACGAGGUAA